AGCACUCCUCGACGGCGGGCAGCCUUAAGGGUGACAGGAGGGCUCUGGAGCGACUGCUGUGUGCAGUAGUUAAUCCUCCUACUUGGCGAUCCUCAGGGUUAGAAGGGGACCGAGCCACAGCCUGGGUAUGGCCACCGCAGCGUGUGAGCCUGUGGCUAGACCUAGCCUGACCUCCAUUUCUUCCGGGGAGCUCCGCAGCCUGUGGACCUGCGACUGUGAACUGGCCCUGCUGCCCCUGUCGCAGUUGCUCCGCCUACAGCCUGGUGCCUUCCAGCUGCGUGGCGAGCAGCUCUUGGUGCCCGGGCCUGGGGAGCCCACGGACGCCCGAGGGGGCUUCAAUGUCUUCGGGGACGGCCUAGUGAACUUCGACGGGCAGGUCUACCGCCUCAGCAGCUACAUCAAGAGAUAUGUGGAACUGACCACCUACUCUGAUUAUAAAGACUACAGGGAAACGAUAUUGAGCAAGCCUAUGCUGUUCUUUACUAACGUGCAGACCAAGAAGGACACCUCCAAAGAAAGGACCUAUGCAUUUCUUGUGAACACAAGGCACCCCAAGAUAAGGAGGCAGAUAGAGCAAGGGAUGGACAUGGCCAUUUCCUCAGUGAUCGGAGAAAGCUACCGACUUCAGUUUGAUUUCCAGGAAGUCGUGCAGAAUUUUUUUCCUCCAGGUACUGAAGUGCUGAAUGGGCAGAACUUGAACUUCGCCUACGAAUUCAAGGCGGACGCCCUGUUUGAUUUCCUUUACUGGUUUGGGCUCAGCAAUUCCACCGUAAAAGUGCGUGGGAAGGUUCUGAACUUGACGAGCAUGAACCCCGAAAAGAAAGAAACAAUUAAGUUAUUUCUGGAAAAAAUGAGCGAACCUCUAAUCCGAAGGAGUAGUUUCUCUGACCGGAAGUUCAGUGUCACGUCUAGAGGUUCAAUCGAUGACGUUUUUAACUGCAACCUGUCACCCAGAUCAUCGGUUACAGAGCCACUUUUGGCAGGAUUAUCAUUUCCAAGUGUUCUGGAAUCUGAAGAGACAUCCAGCCAGUUCAUCUGAUUGGUCUGAAGAUUCUAGCUGCCGCCCUUUGACGGCGGCCCUGAAGCAGACAGUGGGUUGAAGGGGUAAGAGGAGAGAGGAAGUGGGCACUUCCAUCCCUUUGCCAGCCCCUGGGUCCUCCAAGAUCCUGUAAAGGCCCUUUCCCCCAUUUCCCUGGGCAUGGUGCCCUGGCUGGCCCAGUGCACACGCCUUCCCUCAGGGUUAUGAUUAUGGGAUGGAAGGGUUCUGUCCCUAUGGCACAUGGUGCCAUUGACGUUGAACAUCUGAAGACUCUGAGGGAUUCUCAGGGGACUGCCGCCCUGAACUCUCUGGGAGGCACCUGACUGGGACCUUAACCCUGGUGCUUCAGUGGAUCACGGAUGCCCUCUGCUUGGAACUCACUUUUAGGCUCAGUGCCCAGCAGGCCUGGGGUAAGCUCUUCUCUUGCAAGUGUGUUAGGCAAGGCUGGUACCAUAUUUCACUUGGAGACAAGUAUGGUUUUUAUUCCGCCCAUGGGAAACCUCGAGGACAUUCAAGAUCCUGGCUGCUGGUGGAUCUGCAGGGUGCCAGGAUGAACCCUGCCAGGAUGUAAAGCCAGGUGGCACAGCAAUCCACCCGUGACAAGACCGUGUCCCCUUCCCUGCAGGCACACCAAGCGAGUUGGCGUUUGAAAUAUGCUUUUAGCAGUCUUAACGCGAAAAGGAAAGUAAGCCAUUACCAAAGUGGAUGGAACAGCAGUGCACGUCCCGCCUUACAGCUAAAAUGGGGUUCACUGAGAGGAAAGAUAUUAUCCAGUCUAUGUGUAUAUGAGUGGCCAGGCGUGGGACACACCUGCAAUCCCAGCACUUGGGAGCUGGAGGCAGGAGAAUCAGGAGUUCGAUCAUCCUGGCUGCACAGGCAGCUCCAGGCCUAUCUGGGCUAUCUAUACAGACGAUUCUGUCCCAUGAAAACAACAAAAGCUUUGCAAAUAGUCGCAGGAAGCCAGAUGUGUGGACCCUGAGUAUCGUUUUUCUCUGCCCGUUAAUAACAUUCCCGUGCUCCGUAUUUUGAUAACACUACUUGCUGAUGGCCUGAUGUUUGUAACUGAAAUGCUAUCUAGUGCAUACGCACAAUUAAAACUUUCCUUGGCGCUCAAGCUGCAAGUGAUUAAAUUUGUGGUCGAAAGGGUAUGGGGUGGGCCCCUUGAGGUCUGUAGGUGGUGGAUUUUCUUUGUAGUGCACUAGACGUCAGCACAGGUAUGGUUUUCAGAGUUACUUCCUCAAGGAGACACUUCAAGAGUGAGGCCAGGAGUAUUUAGAGAGAGAAGAUGAAGUUUGUAUGGAGAGAAGAGGAGCGAAGUGCUUCAUGGGAGGGUAAAUACGCUAUUAGAUUCAGGAAAAAGAAAAAUAAUAAAAAGUUGGAACCAGUUCUCCACCCGUGGAAACAAACCACUGGUGCAUGGUGAGAAUUAACCUUUCUCCCCAGGAAAUAAAAGCUCCAUUCAUAAGACUGACAAUUUGCUUUUGAAACUGAGCUGAGAAAAUAGUAACAUCCGCAGAAAGGGACUGGAGAUCUGGGACGUUAAUCUCGUAGUUCAGAUUUCUCAGUUGACUCUGAAGUCGCUAACUCCAUUGUUCACCCAACUGAGUUUUAUCAGUUGCCUGUCCCAAAAUGCACAGUGAUAGUGUAUUUUAUUGGCAAUUAUUUCAGAGAAGUAAGAUUGGCAAAUCUAUAACUUGGUGGU